UUCUUGCCGCGUGCUGGUGUUGGAGGACCCUCCUUGCUUCAGACUUACCAACAGCAUGAAUCAAGAAAAGUUAGCCAAACUUCAGGCUCAGGUCCGGAUAGGGGGCAAGGGUACAGCUCGCAGAAAGAAGAAGAUGGUACAUAGGACAGCUACAGCUGAUGACAAAAAACUUCAGAGUUCUCUAAAAAAACUGGCUGUGAAUAAUAUAGCUGGUAUUGAAGAGAUGAACAUGAUUAAAGAUGAUGGGACAGUUAUUCAUUUUAACAGUCCCAAAGUCCAAGCUUCCCUUUCUGCUAACACCUUUGCAAUGACCAGCCAUGCAGAAGCCAAACCAAUCACAGAAAUGCUUCCUGGAAUAUUAAGUCAGCUUGGUGCUGACAGCUUAACAAGUCUUAGGAAGUUAGCAGAACAGUUCCCUCGGCAAGUGUUGGAUAGCAAAACAACAAAACCAGAAGACAUUGAUGAGGAGGAUGAUGAUGUUCCAGAUCUCAUAGAAUAUUUUGAUGAGGCAUCAAAGAAUGAAGCUAACUAAAAUCUUUUCUGGUUUUUGGAAGCUGGCAUGGACUAGAUUUAACAAAUCAGCUAUGCGGUUCCAAAGUUUUACAGAAACGGAGA